ACGCGCGCCGGGGACCAUGGCGUUCGCCGGGCUGGAGCGAGUGCAUUAGCCCCAGUAGGCGGCGGCGGCGGCGGCGGCGAGGGAGCGAGCCUCGAUCGGGCGGGCCUAUCCUGAGGGAAGGGAGGAAGGGGCGGGGAGAGAGCACCAGAGGGAGGCCGGUCGGCCACGGGCGGGCGGGCAGGCAGCGCAGCGCCGAGCGGGGCCCGCGGGCCCAUGAGGAGGCCCGGGGACCAUGGGCUCCAGGAUCAAGCAAAACCCUGAGAGCACAUUUGAAGUGUAUGUUGAAGUGGCAUAUCCUCGGACAGGUGGCGUUCUUUCAGAUCCUGAGGUGCAGAGGCAAUUCCCGGAGGACUACAGUGACCAGGAAGUUCUACAGACUUUGACCAAGUUUUGUUUCCCCUUCUAUGUGGACAGCCUUACAGUUAGCCAAGUUGGCCAGAACUUCACGUUUGUGCUCACUGACAUUGACAGCAAGCAGAGAUUUGGGUUCUGCCGCUUAUCUUCAGGAGCGAAGAGCUGCUUCUGUAUCUUAAGUUAUCUCCCCUGGUUUGAAGUAUUCUAUAAGCUGCUUAACAUCUUGGCAGAUUAUACAACAAAAGGACAGGAGAAUCAGUGGAAUGAACUUCUUGAAACUCUGCACAAACUUCCCAUCCCUGACCCAGGAGAGUCUGUUCACCUUAGUGUGCAUUCUUACUUUACUGUGCCCGAUACCAGGGAACUUCCCAGCAUACCUGAGAAUAGAAAUCUGACUGAGUAUUUUGUAGCUGUGGAUGUAAACAACAUGUUACAUCUGUAUGCCAGUAUGCUCUAUGAACGCCGGAUACUCAUCAUUUGCAGCAAACUCAGCACUCUGACUGCCUGUAUCCAUGGGUCUGCCGCCAUGCUUUACCCCAUGUUCUGGCAGCAUGUGUACAUCCCUGUCCUGCCUCCACAUCUGCUAGAUUACUGCUGUGCUCCCAUGCCCUACCUCAUAGGAAUCCAUUUAAGUUUAAUGGAGAAAGUCAGAAACAUGGCCUUGGAUGAUGUCGUGAUCCUGAAUGUGGACACCAACACCUUGGAAACCCCUUUUGAUGACCUCCAGAGUCUCCCAAAUGAUGUGAUCUCGUCACUGAAGAACCGGUUAAAGAAGGUCUCCACGACCACUGGUGAUGGAGUGGCCAGAGCAUUCCUCAAGGCCCAAGCUGCUUUCUUUGGCAGCUACCGAAACGCUCUGAAAAUUGAACCAGAGGAACCAAUCACAUUCUCUGAAGAUGCCUUCGUGUCCCAUUAUCGCUCUGGAGCCAUGCGGCAGUUCCUGCAGAAUGCCACGCAGCUCCAGCUCUUUAAACAGUUUAUUGAUGGUAGAUUAGACCUUCUCAAUUCUGGAGAAGGUUUCAGUGAUGUUUUUGAAGAGGAGAUCAACAUGGGCGAAUAUGCUGGCAGUGAUAAACUGUACCAUCAGUGGCUCUCCACUGUCCGGAAAGGAAGCGGAGCCAUUCUUAAUACCGUAAAAACAAAAGCAAACCCAGCCAUGAAGACCGUCUAUAAGUUUGCAAAAGAUCAUGCAAAAAUGGGAAUAAAAGAGGUGAAAAACCGCUUGAAGCAAAAGGACAUCACUGAGAAUGGCUGUGCCCCCACCACAGAAGAGCAAUUGCCAAAGAUUACACCCUCCCCCCUGAUGGAGGCCAAGGAUGCCAAGCUCCGAGAUGAACGGAGGCCAAUCACUGUCCACUUUGGUCAGCCACAAAGACUCCGUCCCACUCGCCCGCCGCCUCCCAAGAUACACCGCUCAAGGCCCGUCCGCCCACCACGUCCACAUGUGGUUAAGAGACCGAAGAGCAAUAUCGCUGUGGAAGGCCGGAGGACAUCUGUCUCCAGCCCUGAGCACCUGGUAAAGCCCUUGCGACACUAUGCUGUCUUUCUCUCCGAAGACUCCUCUGACGAUGAAUGCCAGCGGGAAGAGGGCCCGAGCUCUGGCUUCACCGAAAGCUUUUUCUUCUCCGCUCCCUUUGAAUGGCCACAGCCCUAUCGGACCCUCAAGGAGUCAGACAGUGCAGAAGGUGAGGCGGAGAGCCCAGAGCAACGGAUGCGGGAGCCUGUGGGUCCAGCCCCAGUGCCACCUGACCGAGCUGCCAGCAUUGACCUCCUGGAAGAUGUCUUCAGCAGCCUAGAAAUGGAGGUCCCACUGCAGCCACUGGGUCAAGCCAAGAGCUUGGAGGACCUUCGGACGCCCAAGGACCUUCGGGAGCAGUCAGGGACCUUUGAUUAUCAGAGACUGGACCUGGGCAGAAGUGAGAGGAGCCGUGGGAUGCCAGUGACCUUGAAGCUCACCCAUCCCUACAACAAACUCUGGAGUCUGGGCCAGGACGACAUGGCCAUCCCCAGCAAGCCCCCGGCUGCUUCUCCUGAGAAGCCCUCAGGCCUACUCGGGAAUUCCCUGGCUGCACCACACAAACCCCAGAACCAGGGCAGCAUUCUGAACCCCAGCAACAAGGAGGAAGUGCCCAUCCCCACCCCAGGCAGCAUCACUAUCCCUCGGCCUCAGGGCAGGAAGACCCCGGAGCUGGGCAUCGUGCCCCCACCUCCCACUGCUCGCCCCACCAAGCUCCAGGCUGCCAGUGCUGCCCUCGCCCUUGGUGACUACUCCUCUGAGCAGGAAAGGCGAGCCUCCCUGAGCCCAGCCCCGGCCCCCAGCCCCCUCCCCAGUACUAUCGCCCAAGGCCCCACCGAACUGCUCCAGCCACUCAGCCUGGCCUCGGGGGCUGCAGGCACAGGUAGUGAUGCCCUGCUUGCCCUCCUGGACCCUCUCAGCACAGCCUGGUCAGGCAGUACCCUUCCACCAGGCCCCACAGCCCCAAAUGUAGCCACCCCAUUCACCCCUCAGUUCAGCUUCCCCCCAGCAGGGACCCCUACCCCAUUCCCACAGUCAUCACUCAACCCCUUUGUUCCGGCUGUGCCAGCAUCACUGCCCACCAUGCCCCUGGUCUCUACACCAGUUGGGCCUUUUAGGGCUUCUCCAGCUUCCCUGGGGCCAACUUUUGCACCCAGCCUCCUCCUGUCCAAUUCUGGCUUUUGUGCCCCACUUAGAUCUCAGCCCAACCUGUCUGCCCUCUCCAUGCCCAACCUCUUUGGCCAGAUGCCCAUAGGUGCCCACACCAGCCCCCUGCAGCCACUAGGCCCUCCCACAGUCGCACCCUCAAGGAUUCGAACAUUGCCCCUGGCCCGCUCAAGUGCCAGAGCUGCUGAGGCCAAGCAGGGUCUGACCCUGAGGCCUGGAGACCCCCCACUCCUUCCUCCCAGACCUCCCCAGGGUCUGGAGCCAGCACUGCAGCCCUCUGCUCGAGAGGCCAGAGACCCCUUUGAGGAUUUGUUACGGAAAACCAAACAAGAUGUGAGCCCAGCCCCAGCCCCCAGCUCGGUGGAGCAGCUCCGGAAGCAGUGGGAGACCUUCGAGUGAGCUGGGCCGCUGAGGCCUAACCCAUGUGCUGCCCACUGCUGUGGCUCCAGGCUGGCCCUCUGCUUCCCCGGCCGCUGUUUCUGCCCAGGCUCCGCCAGUAGGAAAGGAAGGGAGCAGUUUUUGCUGCUCCCUCCCAUCACUGCCCAUUGUUGGGAUCUGGCCACCACUUAUGUUCUAGGAAUCCACCUAGCCUUGGGCACCUGUCCCACCUGCCACCACCACACCUCCUGCCCCACCUCACCCCCAAGCACCCCUAAUUGGGUUUUGCACUAAAGUGGUCGGCAGGGCUGAUUAUUUGGCUCUGGAAUGUUCUACCAGGAGCUGCAAGGCCCUGCAGGGCUUUGCCUCCUGAGCCCUGCUCUCCUGACCAACUGUAGCCCAGCCCUGCAGAUUCUACCACAAAGGGUGCAGGUGUCAGUGGUUUGGAGUCUGAAUAAGCAACCUCUGCCCCCCAUCCCCACCCCAGUUAAGAGUCUCUACCUGGGGGCAUUUCCAAACCCCCUUUAGCAAUACACAAUCAUCCUUUCAUGAGUCUCCAUCCCACCUCCAAACACCCACAAACUUGUUUCUACCCUGGUAGGAAGUUGGGGGUUGAGGCAUUGUCCUUAGGACCCCUCAUGGUAGCCACACCCAGCCUGCCCUACCUGGGAGCUGGGAGCACCAGCAGCUGUGAUUUGUAGAAGACAAAACAGCAACAGGGAAAUCUAAGUGCACUGGGUGCAGCCCCUCAUCCUCCUGUCAGGUGGAUGUGGGUGGUGGGCAGAGCAGAGGAGCUAGAUUCCCACUGGCAGGCCACACCUAGCUCCAGACUGACGCAGGGGCCACAGCCACCCAGACCCCUGGUCAGGAGCGGGCAGAGGUGUAGAGACUUACUUCAGACCCCUAGAGAGUGGACAGACUUGGCUGCCUGCCGCCAGGAAACUGGAGGAGGACUAGGAUCCUCUCCUCCCCGCCCACCUGCCUCUCAAUUCUCGCCAGCACAGAAAUUCCUGAGGCCAACGUCACCAAAGCUCAAUUGAAAUGUUUUGUUAUUGUUUCUUUUAUCUUUCUUUCUCUCUUGAUUUGAUGAAUCUUGAAAUUGACUAGUUUCAAUAAACCAAGUUAAAAUAUGA